UCGACGCUCCAUAAAAUCACUUGCCCAAUAUUCUUCCCUCUAAUAAAUUUCUAGGCUGCCUGUCCCUUUAAACGAGUAAUUUUUUUCUUUAAUCCUGAAUUGAUGGCUUAAAUGCGGAGACAGAUAGAGAACAGAGGGUGCGCUUUAUUUAUCAGCGUCUAGAUUUUUUUUUUUUUUUUUGUCGCCCUCAAAGUUCAUUUUUAGAUGACGGGAAAUAAAUGAACGCUUCUGAUUUUUUAAACCAACUGAAUACAACUCAUUUGAUUCAGAAUGAAACGCCUUUAGGAGGUGACUGACAGCAUCUAGGUCCAGGACUGCACAACUGGAAAACUUAACGCAUUCAUAGAAAAAGCUCAUUUUGGAAAUAUGCCUAAAAAAUGUGAGUGAAGGAAGUCGUGAGGAUCAUGCAUUCUGCUCCAAUGAGGUCAAAGUGACAAUCCGACAUGUAUGAGGAGAACCGAAAAAGGAAUGGGUACUCCAAUGAGGAAGAGGAGGGUGGUGGCGAAGCGGAAGAGGAGGAGGAGGAGGAGGAGGAGGGAAGUGGUGGAGGAGAGGGCAAUGAGGGCGAUGAGGAAGAAACAGACGAGUGGGAGGAGAAUGAACGGCCGAAGAUGAACCAUACGGAAACGCUCAACUCCACCACCAGCUCCACUGGAACGCAGAAGAAGAAGAGUCACCAUGUGAAGAAGCAGGUCCAGGGCUCCAACCAAGUCCAACGCGCACCCAGAGCUCUUUUCUGCCUUAAAUUAAACAACCCCAUCCGCAGGGCCGCCCUUCACCUUGUAGAGUGGAAACCAUUUGAUAUCUUUAUUCUUCUGGCCAUCUUCGCUAACUGUGUUGCUCUGGGGGUCUCCAAGCCUUUUCCCGAAGACGACUCGAACGCCACCAACCAUGACCUUGAACAAGUUGAAUAUGUGUUUUUGAUCAUCUUCACCAUCGAAACGUUUCUGAAGAUCCUUGCGUACGGCCUCGUCAUGCACCCAAGCUCCUACAUCCGCAACGGCUGGAAUUUACUGGACUUUGUCAUCGUCAUCAUAGGGUUGUUCAGUGUGGUAUUAGAGACUGCUACUCAUAAAUCCGGUGAAACAACUUCCCACAUGCCGGGGAAACCGGGAGGUCUGGAUGUCAAAGCUCUCCGAGCCUUCAGAGUCUUACGACCCCUCAGACUGGUUUCAGGAGUGCCCAGCCUGCAGAUUGUGUUAAACUCCAUCAUGAAGGCAAUGGUUCCCCUGCUGCACAUCUCUCUGCUUGUCCUCUUUGUCAUCAUCAUCUAUGCCAUCAUCGGAUUGGAGCUCUUCAUCGGACGAAUGCAUCACACCUGCUAUUUUAUAGGCACAGAUAAUUAUGCGGACGAUGAUCCAGUCCCGUGUGCGUAUGCGGGUCACGGUCGCCAGUGUGCUGCCAAUGGCUCCGAGUGCAGGGGAAAGUGGGAUGGACCGAACGGUGGCAUCACUAACUUUGAUAACUUCUUCUUUGCCAUGUUAACAGUGUUCCAGUGCAUCACAAUGGAAGGCUGGACAGACGUCUUGUACUGGAUGAAUGAUGCAAUUGGUUUUGAGCUGCCAUGGGUUUACUUUGUAAGCCUGGUCAUCUUUGGAUCCUUCUUUGUUCUCAACCUUGUGUUGGGUGUGUUGAGCGGAGAAUUCUCUAAGGAGAGAGAGAAGGUAAAAGCUCGCGGAGAUUUCCAGAAGCUUCGUGAGAAACAGCAGAUGGAGGAGGAUUUGUGUGGAUAUAUGGACUGGAUCACUCAGGCUGAGGACAUUGAUGAGUUUGAUGAGGACGGGAACAGACGUGUGACCUUGCGUGACCUAGCUGAUAAGAAGAGGGGGAAAUUCGGCUGGUUCAGCCACUCAAACGAAACCCACGCAAGUCUUCCAGCCAGUGAAACGGCCUCUGAGAACACUGAAAACAUAGAUGAGGAACACACUGAUUGUUGUGCUGCUUGCUGCGCUCGCAUUAUGAAGAUCCCGUGCUGUCGUGCCCUGCGCCACUGGAACCGUUGCAUUCGUAGAAACUGUCGUACAGCAGUGAAAUCUGUGACGUUCUAUUGGUUAGUGCUGAUCCUAUUCUUCCUCAACACUGCUCUCAGUGCCUCUGAACAUUAUAACCAACCAGACUGGCUCACUGACGUUCAGGACAUUGCCAAUAAGGUUCUCCUCUCACUGUUCACAGUGGAGAUGUUGUUGAAAAUGUACAGUCUGGGGUUGCAGGCAUAUUUUGUGGCAUUUUUCAACCGUUUUGACUGUUUUGUGGUGUGCGGCGGGAUUCUGGAGACAGUUCUUGUGGAGAUGGAGAUCAUGCCACCUCUCGGUAUCUCAGUGUUGCGCUGCGUCCACCUGCUUCGGAUCUUCAAAGUCACACGCCAUUGGACAGCUUUGUCCAAUCUGGUGGCCUCUCUACUGAAUUCAAUGAAGUCCAUUGCCUCCCUGCUGCUGUUGCUCUUCCUCUUCCUCAUCAUCUUCGCUCUGCUUGGCAUGCAGUUAUUUGGAGGGAAGUUCAACUUUGAUGAGACACAGACCAAGAGAAGCACCUUUGAUUCCUUCCCUCAGGCCCUGCUAACCUGCUUUCAGAUCUUAACAGGUGAAGACUGGAAUGUAGUAAUGUAUGAUGGUAUCAUGGCAUAUGGAGGCCCGGUUUUCCCUGGAAUGAUCGUCUGUCUUUACUUUGUGAUUUUGUUCAUUUGUGGUAACUAUAUCCUACUGAACGUCUUCUUGGCCAUCGCUGUCGACAACUUAGCAGGAGGGGAUGGAGACAAUAAGAAGAAUGAAGAAAAAAAAGAGGGAGAAGGUGAAGGUGAAGGAGAGAACGGAGAGGUGAAGGUGAACAUUGAUGAUGAGUACGAGGAAGAGGAGGAGCCUGAAGAGGGAGAUGAUGAAGAAGGGAAAGCUCAGCUCAAUGUUGCUGACUUCGCUCCUCCUAAAGAGAAAGUUCUACCAAUCCCAGAGGGCAGUGCGUUCUUCUGCCUCAGCAAGACCAACCCAAUAAGAGUGGGCUGCCAUACCCUGAUCCACCACCACAUCUUCACUAAUCUCAUCCUGGUCUUCAUCAUUCUCAGCAGCAUUUCUCUGGCUGCGGAGGAUCCUAUCAGAGCUCACUCCUUCAGGAACAAUGUGUUGGGUUAUGCUGAUUAUGCUUUCACUUCUAUAUUCACUGUGGAGAUCUUACUGAAGAUGACAGUGCAUGGUGCAUUCCUCCAUAAGGGUUCCUUCUGUAGAAACUGGUUUAAUUUGUUGGAUCUUUUGGUGGUCAGUGUGUCUCUGGUCUCCUUCUUCUUACAUUCGAGUGCAAUCUCUGUAGUGAAGAUCCUAAGGGUGCUCAGAGUUCUGAGGCCUCUUCGAGCAAUCAACAGAGCCAAAGGACUCAAGCAUGUGGUACAGUGUGUGUUUGUGGCUAUAAGGACCAUCGGGAACAUCAUGAUCGUCACCACCCUACUUCAGUUCAUGUUUGCCUGCAUCGGUGUUCAGCUUUUCAAGGGUAAAUUUUAUCGUUGCACAGAUGAAGCUAAAAACACUCCAGAACAGUGCAAGGGCACAUUUGUGGUGUAUAAAGACGGAGAUGUGAGUCAUCCAAUGGUGAAAGAGAGGAUCUGGAUCAACAGCGACUUCAACUUCGAUAAUGUACUGAUGGGAAUGAUGGCCCUGUUUACAGUCUCCACUUUUGAGGGUUGGCCUGCGCUGCUCUACAAAGCCAUUGAUGCCAAUGCAGAGAAUCAUGGCCCCAUUUACAACUACCGCGUGGAGAUCUCUAUAUUCUUCAUCGUCUACAUCAUCAUCAUCGCCUUCUUCAUGAUGAACAUCUUUGUGGGUUUUGUCAUCAUCACUUUUCGUGAACAAGGAGAGGCUGAGUUCAAGAACUGUGAGCUGGACAAAAAUCAGAGACAGUGUGUGGAAUACGCCCUAAAGGCCCAGCCGCUGAAGCUGUACAUCCCCAAAAACCCAGUGCAGUACAAGUUCUGGUCUAUAAUCAACUCCACAGGGUUUGAGUACAUCAUGUUUGUGCUGAUUCUCCUCAACACUGUUACUCUGGCUGUGCAGCACUAUGACCAGUCAAAAUUUUUUAGUUACGUGAUGGACAUCCUCAAUAUGGUUUUCACCGGCCUUUUCACUGUGGAGAUGAUCAUUAAACUGAUGGCUCUCAGACUCAGGCAUUACUUUAUCGACGCAUGGAAUUCCUUUGAUGCUCUGAUUGUGGUGGGAAGUGUGGUGGACAUUGUGGUUACAGAGUUCAGCAGCUCAGAGGACAGCUCUCGUGUAUCCAUAACAUUCUUCCGUCUGUUUCGUGUAAUGCGAUUGGUUAAGUUGCUCAGCAAGGGAGAGGGCAUUCGUACCCUGCUCUGGACUUUUGUGAAAUCACUCCAGGCCCUGCCGUAUGUUGCUCUUCUGAUCGCUAUGAUCUUCUUCAUCUAUGCUGUAAUUGGAAUGCAGACAUUUGGAAAGGUCGCCAUGCAGGACCACACACAAAUCAACAGGAACAACAAUUUUCAGACUUUUCUGCAGGCUGUGCUGCUACUUUUCAGGUGUGCAACGGGCGAAGCAUGGCAGGAGAUCAUGUUGGCCAGUCUUCCAGGAAAGCGCUGUGACCCAGAGUCAGACUAUGAGCCCGCGGAAGAAUUCACAUGCGGCAGCAACUUUGCUAUUGUCUACUUUAUCAGUUUCUUUAUGCUCUGCGCCUUCCUGAUUAUUAAUCUGUUUGUUGCCGUCAUUAUGGACAAUUUUGACUAUCUGACCCGUGAUUGGUCAAUUCUCGGACCACAUCACCUGGAUGAGUUUAAAAGAAUCUGGUCAGAGUACGACCCUGAAGCCAAGGGUCGUAUAAAGCAUUUGGAUGUAGUGGCUUUGCUCAGGAGAAUCCAGCCGCCACUUGGAUUUGGGAAGCUCUGUCCUCAUCGUGUGGCCUGCAAGAGGCUGGUUGCCAUGAACAUGCCCCUGAACAGUGAUGGUACGGUGACCUUCAACGCCACCCUGUUCGCCCUGGUCAGAACUGCUCUGAAAAUUAAAACUGAGGAGAACCCUGAUCAAGAGAACGAAGAGUUGAGAAUCAUCAUUAAGAAGAUCUGGAAGAGAAUAAAACCCAAAAUAUUGGAUGAGGUUAUUCCACCCCCUGCUGAGGAAGAAGUGACUGUGGGUAAAUUCUAUGCCACAUUCUUGAUCCAAGACUAUUUUAGGAAGUUCCGGAAAAGGAAAGAGAAAGUGGGUCUGGAAGAUUCAGAGAAUGGUAACCCUUCAGCUCUACAGGUAGAUCUCUGUGGGACUCUGCAGGACCUUGGGCCAGAAAUGAGACUGGCCAUGAACGAAGAUCUGGAGGAGGAAGAGGAGGGUCUGGAGGAGGAGCAAGAGGAGGAUGAUGCUCGUUAUAAGAACGAAAAUGGCUAUGCAGGCCACGCUGAGCCCUCAAGCAAAAGCCGACGCUCCACUUUGGCCACUACUCCCAGCGGUGCUCCUGUUCCUGUCUCAGGAGAAGGCAUCUUGAACGGGGGACUGGGACGUAGGAGCUCCUUAGCAAAAACACAGAACGGGAACGGUGCUUUGGAACACGAGAAUUUCAGAAGAAGAGACAGCAUGCGUUCCUCCUUUCAUUACCAACACAAGAAUGGUGUGAUUGACCAGCUGCUUAGGAGAUCAUCAUACUACAAAUACCCAAGGAGGGACUCCAGGGACAGAUUCUCCUCUCCGCUAUCUCGGCGAGAGGAAGGCAGUGAGUACACUGGAGAGCAGCGCUUCUAUGGAAAAGAUGAGGACAGCGAGAGCGUCAUCUCUAAAGAAAGGCAUGGUUAUCCAGAGGACAGCACAAUGUUCCCGGGACAUAGAGACAUGUAUGAUGGACACUCUAUGAGACACCCUGUCUACGGUAAUCAUUAUGGAAACAGUUAUGGUGAAGGCAGGAGGACAGCACGGAGACGCCUGCUGCCUGCAACGCCUACUGGGAGAAAGGCUUCAUUUAACAUACAGUGUUUAAGAAGGCAAGGUAGCAGCGAUGAUCUGCCCAUCCCAGGAACAUACCAUCAGAACUCCCCACCCUGCAGAGCGCGUUCACAGAGAUGCGGCAGCUACGAUUCUCGUCACAGCAUCGCUAGAUCGUCCACGGGUUCAACAGUAUCCUGGGCAAACACCGGCCCUCGACGGGGUCAUCUCCUUUACUCUCCCCUUAUCCUGGUAGAGGAGGAGGGAGCAGGAGGGGCUGGAAGUGUAGGCAUCUGGGACAAAAAGGCCGGUGCCAUCGGAGUGCCUGCGUCGGUUCGGCAUCCCAGUUCGGGAUGGUACUCGGGACCCUCUACGGGUGGAGGGGGGCAGCCAUAUCGAGCCUACACCACCCUCGGAGUCCCCACCCAACUCAGUCCUCACUACAGCGAGAAGAGAGGCAGCGCUGACAGUCUGGUAGAAGCGAUCUUGAUCUCUGAGGGUUUGGGAUUGUAUGCCAAGGACCCAAAAUUUGUAGCCUUUGCCAAGCGUGAGAUUGCAGAUGCCUGUCACAUGACCAUAGAUGAGAUGGAAAGUGCUGCAAGUGAUCUCCUGAGUCGUGGGGGCUCAGGGGAGAGUCAAGGCUUCCUGAACCACACAGACAUGGGGCCCAUAUACAGUGACGAGGAGCCCAUCAGGAGCCACGAGGAAGAGGAACUGGCUGAUGAGAUGACUUGUGUUACAUCUUUUUGAAUAACAGAAAAAGAGCUGAUCAGGAUGCCAGUGGGUGGAGCAACAGAAUCCUGACUGACCAAUCACAUUGUUCAUGCUGCUCUGAGUCACAGAAAGACUCUGCUGAGAAUGGUGGUUUAGUUCUGAAAUAUUGUGACCGGUUCUUACUCAGUCUGUGAAAGAAACCAGCUCCGGUUUACCCUGUCAACAUGGCAGUUUUAAAUUCUUUUAAAUUCAGAUCUCUGAAAGGACUCGUUUUAUAAAUAGCUUACCUUGUUGAACAUUUUAUAUUUGUUAAUGUGUUUUUACUCCAUCAUUCUUAUGUUUGUCUGUUUAUUUUUAAGCGUCAUUUACAGAGGGAUUCU